UGAAAGGACAAUUAUUCAUGAUUUUGUGUCAUUUGAUAUCUGCGGCAGUUAUGAACGGUUCAGCGAUAGAUGGCCUUGGUUCAGCAUGGUUCAGCGAGUUCAUUGCAGGUUCAGUGGGCGAGUUACAUGACCACCAGCACGUGGUUUGAGAGUCAGUGUUUUGUUUUGCGUUGGAUGGGCAGUUCGUGGUUUUAAACCACUGAACUCUUUUAAACAGAAAUUUUAAAAUUCAACAUACCUUGUGAAGGAGCGCCCACCUCACGGGGCUGUGGAUCUGGACAGCUACAAAGAUGGAGAUCGACGAAAUCGAGACGUACGAGGACAUGGUCAUCCUCUUCAACAACAUUCAUGGUAGUGACGGUAUCCUCCAGUUCCUGAGGGAGAAUGGUCUGCUGAAGAAAAGAGGUCCAAGAUGCUGCAACAGGAUGAUGAAGGAGUGCCCCUAUGGUAGGAACCGUCGGUUUGGGAAAACGUGGCGAUGCUCACUUUGUAGAAAGACGCGGCUACCACUGGUCGGUAGCUUCUUCGAGAGGUCCAGGCUGAACCCUCUCGUCAUAUUGAAGGUGGCCUACUCUUAUCUUGUGCUCAAACUCAACUACAAAGCCAUCAGAGCCUGCGUGAAGAACGCACCCGCCCACCAGAACCUGACAGACUGGCUGCAGUUUUGCCGAGAUGUCCUGUCGCACGACCUGCUGCGUGAUAAAGACAAGUUAGGGGGCGUGGGCAAAGUGGUGGUGGUCGACCAGACAGCUUUCGCGAGACGCGAACGCCGCAAGGGAAGCCAAGACGUCCACGAAACCAUUUGGAUUCUCGGAAUCUAUGAUGUUGAGGAGAAAAAGGGGGUGCUAGUAUACAUCGAAGACCGUUCUCAUGAGGCCAUCAUCCCAAAAGUGCAGGACCAUGUGGAGCAAGGAUCCACAAUCUAUACAGAUGAGCUGAGGACGUACGCCUGUCUUGCUAACAGAGGAUACGAUCACAAGACUGUGAAUCGUUCACACGAGCCGGCCGCCAAUGACGGUACGCCCAUCAGCCAUAUGAAGGCCAAAAACCAUAUCAAGGGCUAUUUUAGCCAUCUGAAAAAGUACCUGAGGAAACGAAAUGUCGGUCUGCCGGAAAGCCUCCCUGGGUACCUAGACGAGUUCAUGUGGAUGGAAAGGCACCAGGAAGACACCUGGGGAUCGUUCCUUCGCGCUGUGCGACGCCAGUACCGCUGCUAAACGGUCGCCGCAGCCCGCCGCCAUGCCGUCCCGUGAGAGUCGCCAGACGCGGGCGCGCCGGCGCGCCGGCACGCCGCCGGCCGACUCGGGGCCGUCCAGUGAUGAGGAGGUGACCUUCCAGCCGGCGCCGGCCGCCGCGGACCCAGAGGACGACGUCUCGACGCUCGCCGGCAGCGACGACGAGGCGCCCGAGUCUGUGGGCCUGUCGGCGGCGCGCCAGGAGGCGGAGGCGCUGCUCAGAGACCUGGCCGACAGCCGCCGGCGCCGGGACGACUCGCGCCGGCAGCGCGACAGGGACCGCCAGGAGCGCAACCGCGAGCAGAAGCUCGACAAGCAGCGCCGCAUGGAGCAGGAGCUGAUGGACGAGCUGGCCGACGAGCUGGCCGCCGAGGAGGCGGAGGAGGUAACAGGGGACGGGGACGGCGGCCGGCAGCGGCCCGCCGACGGCGCGCCCAGACCCAAGAAGAAGCGCUUCAAGUACCCGACGCCGGCGGUGAGCGGAGCGCUGGACUUUAUUCCGCUGGCCGAGGGGCAGAGCACCACGUUCAAGGCGGCCGCGCUGCCGACCUCGCAGCUGCCGGCGGUGGUGAACCCCGAGCUGAUGGGGCUGCGGGAGCGGCUGCUGUACAGCGGCCGCGUGCCGCGCACCUCGUCCCGGGGGCUGGCGCAGCUGCGGCACAAACAGCGCGCCUCCGGCAAGUACGGCCGGUGACGGGCGGGACGGGGAGCGGUGAUGUGCCAGGACCCGGGCCGGACCCGGACCGGGGAGGUGGGACCGGACGAUGCUGGGGACGGGCCGCUGGCGGGACUUCAGUGUGAAAGUGGUAGUGUGAGGUGGAACUGACUGAAAGGAACUGGGUGGUCUCUGACCCGCUCAGACGGUCGGACCUCGCGAUGUCGGUAACGGGAAUCAGACCGGUGUGUUUGAAGGGCGCUCAACCAGUGACAACCAGCGAGCCUAACGUAUAUGUGCUCAGGAAAGUGGCGUUCGCUUCUGUUUUGGGCAACCCCGUCGGAGUUUUGCAUUGCGGGAAGUGAACUGGUUGGGUUGGGGUCGGGGACGUGUGGUGAAGUACGAUGGAGAGUAAGGUUCCGGCGUUUCAACUGCUGUUGAUUCAGGCCAAUAACCCGGUGUCGAGGUCUUGCAGUUGAUCGCAGUCCUGUUCAUGGGCGCCACUUUCCACCGGCACACCGUGUGCCACACCUGUCGUUCUGGUAUACGGUCUCGGACCUUUCCGUGCUCCGAACGGUGUCAUUCGUUCUUGCGUCUUUAUGCGUCGUACAUCGGAUAUUGUUGUGCCGUGCGCAUUGUUUUCUAGCGCAUUGAUGCCGGAUGCGUGGCCCCAAUAAAGGUACCGUUUGACACAGCGA